UAAAUGUGGUUUGGCUACACAGUUUAGCUCUUACUCUUAUCUACUUGAUAGUCAACCAGUUGCUAAAAAUAAUGAGCUACAGAAUUGCUAGAUCUACUUUGGCAUUGACAAUAAUCAUAAUCACAUUUGCUCCAUCUUUUGAUGCUCAAAUUACAGAUAAGACCUUAUCAAGUGCUGGCAAGAAAUUCGUGAUCGGUUUCCCAAGAAAUAGUGGUCAAAGAGCAGACGAGUUGUUUUUGUUUAUCACAAACCCAGAGUCAAGUGCUGUUAAUUUUACAGUCUCUCUAAUUAAUAUCAGUGGGAACGUUUCUAACUCUUCAACUAGGGUAAAUAUUCCAUCCAGUUUUGAGAUAUUAUCUGUUAAUGAAAGGAACAAGGGGAUCCUUGUUGAAGCCGACAGAGACAUCAAUUUAUACGGGAUGUCUUUUCAUCAAUAUACUGCAGAUGCUUAUUUAGCGUUACCAUGUUCUAAAAUGGCAGUUGAUGAAUACGAAUAUUAUGGAAUCUCCUAUGACAUUAUUACAAGUUAUCAUCCUAGUGUGAUUUUGUUGGUAGCUUGUGAAAAUGAAACUGUUGUCGAAUUCAAUUCCUCAAUAAUAACACUCAAUAGUAUGGAAACGUAUCAGAUUGAAAGUGAUAAUGAUCUCACAGGAACAAGAAUAACAAGUUCCAAACCUUUGUCUGUGUUUAGUGGAUCUGAUUGUGCUUAUAUUCCUCGAAGUAUAAACUACUGUGACCACCUGGUUGAACAAGUGCCUCCGACUGUCACAUGGGGCUCAAAAUUCUUUGUAGCAUCUCUCGAGGGUAGAUCUUCUGGUGAAUGUAUUCGUGUUCUUAGUGCCCGAGCAGCAAGUGUAGCUGUGAACUGCAACACUAACGUAUCAGUCAGUCAAUUCCAGUUACAGAGUGGAGGGAGCUUUAGAGAAUUUGAAAUCCCUAUUAACAGUUUCUGUAGCAUUGAAUCCACUUCUCCAGUACUGGUCGCACAGUAUGCAUAUAGUAGGGAUAGUGAUGGCGUGGGAGAUCCAUUCAUGAUGAUAAUCUCUCCAAUUGAGCAGUUUACAAAUAAUUAUUAUGUUGAAGCGUUUCCCCUUUUCGUAUCCAACUAUGUCACAGUAUAUGUUUCUUCUGAGUUUUCUCAAACUGCACAAAUAUUAUUAGACAAUUCCAUUGUUACUGGCUGGAGGAAUGUUGUCUGUUCAAGUGGAGAGAUUUGUGGCCACAUAAGUAGAACGAAUGUGUCUACUGGAGUGCAUUCUAUCCGCCAUCAAAACAGCUCAGCCGUUCUAGGUGUUUCAGUGUAUGGAUUUGGCAUUGCCAAUUCUUAUGGUUACCCUGGAGGCAUGAGAUUAUCUCCCAUACAAUGCAACUGUGGUCAAAAUGUUAAUUUUUCGAGUUACAAGGAACAGUUCAAUUGUAGCUGUUCGAAUGGAUUUUUUGCUUCAUUGUCUGAAACAGAUGAAGUCGUCUGUAUCGCUAUAACCUGUCCUCCCUUGACUGCUCCUACCAAUGGCUUUGUGACAUACAGUAGUUCUACUUCUGAUGAAAACGGCAACUAUGCUUUCAAUGCAAUGGCUAACCACAGUUGUGACACUGGGUUUGUUCUAGUUGGUAACAACACAAGGACUUGCACUGGAGAUGGCAGCAGCACUACUGGUGUUUUUAAUGGAGAAGCAGCAUUUUGUAAACGUGAGCUUAUAUUCAAACGUUAUUGUUAA